CAGCCUGUUGCAAGUGAAGUUUUGCCUGCUGUAGAGGAGGCUCAACCUGUUAUAACAGAGGUUGAACCCACUGUGGAGGCGGCAAAGCCAGUUGUAAAGGAAGAGGUUCUAGGGGAGGAUCGUCAGAUGUCAGAGGUCACAGGCCUCUUUGUUCAGAGGCCAGAGAGCGCCACAGCAAUUAAAGGGAAGGAUAUCACCUUCGUGGCUAAGGUGGACUCCUCCAACAUGCUGAGGAAGCCAAACAUAAAGUGGAUGAAAGGAAAAUGGAUGGACCUGGGCAGCAAGGCGGGCAAACACCUGCAAUUUAAGGAGACGUAUGACCGGAAUUCUAAGGUCUACACGUACGAGAUGCAUAUGAUAAAGGUGGUUGACGCAGACGCGGGAGGAUACAGAUGUGAGGUCAUCGCCAAAGACAAAUGUGACAGCUGCACGUUUGAGAUCACAGUGGAAGCCGUGGACGAAUCACAGCAGCAGACCAACAUUCUGGAGGCUUUUAAGCGCUCGAAGCCCAAGAAAGAGGGGGGAGAUGCAGGAGAAGACGCUGGCGAUCUGGACUUCAGUGCCUUGCUUAAGAAAAGGGAGGUGAAAGUGGAGGAGAAGGAGGAAGUGGAUGUGUGGGCGAUCCUGACGGCAGCUAAGCCCUGCGACUACGAGAAGAUUGCCUUUGAUUAUGGCAUCACUGACCUCAGGGGCAUGCUGAAGAGGCUGAAAAAAAUGAAGAGGGUGGAACCCAAGAAAUGCGACGCAUUCCUGAGGAAACUGGACGAUGCCUACUCAGUGCAAAAGGGCAAGAAAAUUCAAAUGGUGGUUGAGGUGGCUGACCCCAACGCUCAAGUGAAAUGGCUGAAGAAUGGAGUGGAGAUCAAGCCCUCUGCCAAGUAUGUGUUUGAGAGUGUGGGGAGCCUGAGGAAACUGACCAUCAACAAAUGCAACCUCUCGGACGAUGCUGCCUAUGAAUGUGUCGUGGGAGAGGAGAAGUGUUUCACCGAAGUCUUUGUUAAGGAACCUCCUGUUACCAUCACCAAGCCUCUGGAUGACAUGCACGUGGUGGUUGGGGACAAGGUGGAGUUUGAGAUCGAGGUGUCUGAAGAAGGAGCCAAUGUCAUAUGGAUGAAGGAUGGCAUCGAGAUAACCCGUGAACUCACCAGGUACCGCAUGAAGAAAGAUGGCAAGAAGCACAUGCUCGUCAUCAACGAGGCCACUAAGGAUGACAUGGGGUCGUUCACCGUGUUCACUAAUGGGGGGCAUUCUGAGGCAGAGCUGGAGGUGGAAGAUAAGGAGCUGGAGGUCCUCCAGAGCAUUGCGGACCUGACGGUGAAGGCAGCGGAACAGGCCAUGUUCAAAUGCGAGGUGUCCGACGAUAAGGUGACUGGCAAGUGGUUAAAAGACGGCGUGGAGGUCCUGCCCAGCAAGCGCUUCAAGAUGACACACGUAGGAAGGAUUCACAAGCUGGUGAUCGAUGAUGUGAAGCCGGAGGAUGCGGGAGAUUACACCUUUGUGCCAGAUGGAUACGCUCUCUCACUCUCCGCCAAACUCAACUUCUUGGAAAUCAAGAUCGAUUACGUUCCUCGCCAGGACCCACCCAAAAUUCACCUGGACACCACUGGGAGUACGGUCAACAAGAACAUGCUUAUCGUCGUCGCCGGCAACAAGCUCCGCUUCGACGUGGAGAUCUCAGGCGACCCGGCCCCCACAGUGUGCUGGAAGAGGGGGGACACUGAGAUCACCGAAGCGGAGGGCCGCGUGCGGGUGGAUACCAGGACGAAUCUGAGCAGCUUUGUCAUUGAGGGGGCUGAGAGGAGUGACGAGGGGAAGUACAACAUCACUGUCACCAAUCCUGCUGGGGAGGACAAGGCCGAACUCACCGUCAAGAUUGUGGAUGUGCCUGAUCCCCCUGAAAAUGUUAAGUGCACUGGGGUUGGAGAGGACACAGCUACCAUCAUUUGGGACGUGCCUAAAUUUGAUGGUGGAGUACCCAUUAAAGGUUAUCUGAUGGAGAGGAAGAAGAAGGGCUCCCAAAGAUGGACCAAGCUGAACUUUGAUAUCUUCGAGGCCACUACCUACGAGGCCAAGAAGAUGAUUGAGGGCACGAUGUAUGAGAUGAGAGUUUUUGCCGUCAAUGGCAUCGGCAUCUCACAGCCCAGUGCUACUUCUAAGCCUUUUAUGCCGAUAGCGCCAACAAGUGAGCCCACUCGUCUCACGGUGGAUGAUGUCACAGACACCACCUGUGCCCUGAAAUGGCGCCCGCCCGAGAGACUUGGGGCUGGAGGCAUCGAUGGCUACAUCAUCGAAUGGUGCAAAGAGGGAGGAACUGAGUGGGUGCAAGCCAAUGAGCAGCCGGUGGAGAAGAACAGUUUCCGUGCCAGGAAUCUUCCUCAGGGUGAGAAGCUUUUGUUCAGGGUUUUUGCAGUGAACAUUGCCGGACGCAGUCCUCCAGCAACCCUGCAACAAGCUGUUACCAUCCGCGAGAUCAUGGAGCACCCUAAGAUCCGUCUCCCACGGCAACUCAGAACCAAAUUCAUUAGGACGGUUGGCGAGAAGAUUAAUCUCGUCAUUCCCUUCCAGGGCAAACCCAGACCCAACGUGACCUGGACAAAAGAUGGCGAGCCCCUGGCCUCAUCGGUGAACGUGCGCACAAGCGAGGUCGACACCAUCCUGUUCAUCCGCUCGGCGGAGAGGGAGCACUCUGGGAAGUACACACUGGCCGUGCAAAUCGAGAAUAUGGAGGACAAAGCCACCGUGGAGAUCCAGAUCGUGGACCUGCCUGGUCCUCCUGUGGCAGUGUUGGUAACUGACGUGUGGGGCUUCAAUGCUGCGCUGGAGUGGAAGCCACCAAAAGACACUGGCAACUGUGAGAUCAUCGGAUACACCAUCCAGAAAGCUGACCUAAAGACCAAGGGGUGGUUCACAGUAUAUGAACACAACCGCAGACCUAGCUGCACUGUGUCGGACCUGGUGAUGGGGAAUGAGUACACCUUCCGUGUGUUCAGUGAGAACAUCUGUGGCAUGAGUGAAGACGCUGGCAUGUGCAAGAACACGGCUGCCAUAACCAAAUCAGGGCUGGUACAGAAACUACCUUCCUACAAGGACAUGGACUUGAGCCGUUCUCCAAAGUUUACCACUCCCCUGGUGGACAGGAGUGUUGUUGCAGGCUACAGUGCUGCUAUUAGCUGUGCUGUUCGAGGCGAUCCCAAGCCAAAGAUCAUCUGGAUGAAGAACAAGAUGAUUAUCGGAGAGGAUCCAAAGUUCCUCAUGCAAAAUAACCAAGGAGUUCUGACUCUGAACAUCCGCAAGCCCGGCCUUUUUGAUGGAGGGAAGUACACCUGCAAAGCUAUCAAUGACCUGGGAGAGGAUGAGGUGGAGUGCAGGCUAGAAGUCCGAGUGGCAACAGAAAAAGAAGAGAAAUGAAGAAAUGAAAGGAAAUGAAAAAAGAAGAAAUUCUUCACAGGAAAGACGACAAAGAACAACAUAGCUUCUUAGAAUUAGAAUAAAUGCCUUUCUUCAACAUUUUACCUCUCAUGAUUAUUCUCUUCAAUCGAACUGGAAUAUAUGAACCCAAAAUAGGGGGUGGGAGAUGGCCAAUAGUCACGACAGCUGUUAGUGUUAGAGAAAUAAUCUCCAUACAUGUACUCAGACCUGGCGAGUUGCAUGUUGAGGAACUCACAAAGCAUUAUUCAUAUCCUCAUGUCUUGUAAAAUGGUCUGUUGCCGAUUCCCUAGACAUUUUUAUAGAUGUUAAUAAAUCUGUGUUUUCUGUGUGGUGCCUGCUAGCAUUGCAUGGCAUUUGAUGGUCUAUGUUGCUUUGGGAGAAGGUACCAGGAUGAACUGCUAUAAGGCUUUUCAACCCAGGUCGCUUUGAGUCCAUCCAGCAUUAAAAUAA